AUGCCCAGAGGAAGCUCACUAGCUCACGAUUUGAGCUCCGUCAUUAAUAAUCCUCGAUACAGUGAUAUACGUAUAAUAUGUCAGGAUGAUGUCUUAUACGGAUGUCGAACUAUUUUAGCCGCUCGCUCAGAAGUCUUUGAUCGGAUACUAUUUCCUGGAAGACGAGAUCCAUGUCCUACAGAAAUAUCUUUCCCGGAUAUCAAUUCAUCUGCGAUGAAAUUUAUACUUGAAUUCAUUUAUACCGGAAGUAUUCGUGAAGAGGCAUUAUUGAAACCGUCCGACGCAAUCGACAUUUACCAUGCAGCCGAUUAUUUCCUUUUACCCGAUCUUCAGAAUUGUAUUCUGAAAGUUACCGAGGAAUUUCUUAAGGAACAUGACUAUAGACUUGCUUUGAAACUCUUCAACAAAACCAUCGAAAAAAUGCCCUUAUCCCAAGAGAAUAAUCUAUAUUCUCUUUUAAUCACUCGUAUUGCCGCAACACCGCUCGAUUCUUUUUCUUUUGGGUGCUUUACGAUGGAAAAUCUUCGAGCUCUUUUGACCUCAACAUUAAACAGUAGCGCGUAUUUUGCAACACCUGAAUACGAAGUUUUUCGAUACAUAAUUCUCUGGGGCGCAAACCAAAUCUCGGAAGAAGCAACAAGCAUUUUCGAAUAUCGCUUACCUGCUUUAGAAAUCGCUGAGCAACAAUUUUUGCUUCCUCAGGAGUUCUUUCUUAAUCAAAGUGAAGCCUCAAAGUAUUAUCAGCUACAAGCAAGCCUCCUCCGGCUCAUCUCACCAAUACUUACUUAUAUAAAUUUCUCACUAAUUAAGCCAAAUAUCUUAGCGAAUGUAAUACAUCCGCUAGGGAUCAUACCGACUCCGAUCCUUUUAGAAGCAUAUCGAUUCCACGCGGAAUUGAAAAAUAAUUCGACAAAUAGAAGAGGCGGAGUUUCGUGCAGAAUUGACGAUCUUCGGUGGGAUAAUCUGGCAUGCGGACCGAACAUUGAAAUAAAAGACUAUGGAACUCGAGUACUGUGUGCAAAUAGUACAACUGUUGAAUCUGUUCGUGGAGUAAAUCAGCUUUCGGGCAAUGGCAUGUACGAGUGGGACGUCGUUGUCGAGGAAAAAAGCAGAUGCGCUUGGAUAGGUGUAUGCGAGGAAAGUGUCGAUUUUUCCUCGUACUUGGGCCGUCAAGAAAAUAUUUAUGUGUUUGGUUCAGACGGACAGAUAUGGAAUUCUGGUAAGUCAUUUCGAUACGGCACUACGUUUAAUAAAGGCUCUACGAUUACUGUACAUCUCGACAUGACCAAACGAACAUGUGCAUUUUCAAUUGACGGAGUCAGAUAUCCCGUCGCGUGGUCUAAUUUACCGGACAAACUCUAUCCCGCGGCGGCAAUUUGGAAAUUUGGAAGAUUAAGGAUUAAACCUCACACUUAA